AUGUCACAAAGUUCCUAUAGCUCCUCAUACUUGGGUUUAAGAAUCGGUAUCUCAUGGAAAGAACUUGAUUGCUGUGUAUGCUUAAAGUCCAUGAGCCCUUCUCCAACUGUUGGGCCUAUGACAGCUUCAGACAGUUUUAGUCACCGUUGCAGUAUUUGUGGUGCAGCGGCUCACCUAAGCUGCUCUUCUAGAGCGCACAAGGAUUGCAAGUGUGUAUGCAUGAUGGGGUAUGAGCAUGUGAUGCACCAAUGGGCUGUCUGUUGGAAUGAGACUUCCGCUGGUGAAUUUUUGAGCUCCAUUACUCAGGGGGCCAAUGAGAUAGCAUCUUCAGUACGUGCAACUAUUAGGAGUCAGAGCAAGAAGUCCAAGCAUGGAAAUGAAACCUCUGUUGACAUGGGAAAUAGUGGUAGUACUGGGGAUAUGUCCACAGAAAGCACAGCUGAUACUCAUCAAGCUGUUAAUGGUUCUCAUGAAAUUGAGGAAAACCGUAAUGGUACUUUGAAUGUGGAUUUGCAGCACCAAGACGGUGAUGUAGAUAGGAAAUUGGAUUCUAAGCCUAGUUUUAGGAAUUCACUGAGGCGACGAUUGAAUAUUCUUCUCAAUCCUGUUCAGGUUUUUGAGCUGAGUUCAACACAAGGACCGGGGGUGGGUCUUUAUUUAUUCAGAAAGGUGCUGCACUUCAGAAUUCUUGUUUGUGGGGGAGAUGGUACUGUUGGUUGGGUUCUGAAUGCCAUAGAAAAGCAAAACUUUGUCGCCUCAUACAGUUGCUAUUCUACCUGCCAGAAUGGGGAAUGA